GCUAGUGCUGUGUGGUUGUGUGCCGCUUGCUCCGCGGCAAUAGCUUUGUGAAGGCUCACGUGCAGUUCAGUUCUGAAAACCUACCUCUGUUGGGGGGAAAUCAGUGAUACUAUCAUUUCGUCUAAGAUUUAUCUCUAUUGAGACUACUUUGAAUGUGAAAGAAUGUUUGUCAUGCUUUUCGGUGAUUUAAGUAGAUAUUAAUGGAGUGAUGUUUAAUUGGAUGUGCCGCUAGAAGUCAAACCGAUGACCGCCUCCUUCGCGGCGCAUUCUUGACUCGGGCGUUGAGUUCCUUCCACGCACAUUUCUGCAGAAUGUGCUUCCUUCAUAAGGUGUUUCUUAGUUUUUGAUUUUGACUGACCAUGAAGACGUGGAAAUAAAGGAAGUAACAACGUUCGGUUGAUUUCUGUUUACAAGCGAGGCGCAACGGUCCAGCUCCCACUGUGCUCCGCAACCAUGGGUGACCUGAGCUCCUGGCACGAGAAAUCGGUGUCCUGCUCUCCACACGCGAAGAAAUUCAGCAGGAUUUCUUCUCUUUACUCGAAAACCGACAAAAUUCCCGUUACCCUCACACCUAAAGAAUGUCGCCUAAAUUUUGAACAUUCUUCCUCCAUGCCCCACGCCGGUCAAUCUGAUGCGACCAACAGCGAGCGUUUGCAAGCUCCAGUCGAAGAAGAGCCAACUCAUUCUAUAUUUAAUUUAACAAAAAGAGUUUCAAUGUGUCUAAAGCCCCGAAUCUCAAAUCGUAAAUUUAGGUAUUCAUCUCUUUUAAUUUAUUUUUUAAUCCUGUUAUCAUCUUAUAGCGGUGUUAGUGGUCACCGCUUGAAAGCCAUAAAAUAUCGCGGGCUGAGAGCGGCUGAAGAGUCCCUGAGUUCCGUAGAAGCAGUCUUCAGUACAGGAAACGAGAGCAUUGCUUUACAGCACGUCGUCUACAACACCGCUGCUGACGUGCUUUACCUUGGAGGCACCAACAGGCUGUACGAGGUCACCGCCGAUAACCUCGAGGUCAAAUCUGUUGUGGAAACUGGUCCCAGGUUUGAUUCGGCUCGGUGCCAUGCUUCCGGGUGUGGCCCAGAAAGUUCCGUGAGUCGUGCGUUAUCAGACAACAUCAACAAAGUUUUGGUGUUGGAUCCAGCAGCGUCAACACUGAUCAUGUGCGGCUCGGUUUCGCAAGGUGCUUGUCAUAAGUUUCGAACUGCCAACGUGUCUCUCACUCCUGAGUACAUUCCUCGUUCAGUAGCGGCCAAUGACCCCCACUCAUCCACCUAUGCUUUUGUCGGCCCUGAGCGUUACAAGCCGUGGGGGGGAUCCGAAGCUCUUUACGUCGGUACAACUUUCACGGCUGUCGGCGAUUACCGCCAUGACGUGCCGGCAGUCUCGACGAGAAACUUGUAUGAUCUAGACUAUGCAGAAAGCUCGUUCUUAAAACAAUCUCUAUUGCGCAUCGACGUCAAGUACCGCGAUCAUUUCCUCGUCAAAUAUGUUUACGGAUUCAACGCAUCAGAUUUUGCCUACUUCGUCACCGUUCAGAAGAAGUCUCAUUUGCCCGGCCAGGAGGAGACCGGUUACAUUUCUCGCCUGGCUCGCACUUGCAUCACAGAUGCCAAUUACGAUUCCUACACGGAGAUUACGAUGACAUGCGAGGGCCGGCAUGGGUCUUAUAAUCUCGUACAAGACGCUAAGCUCGCCUCUGCGGGCGCGGAUUUGGCUGCCAGCAUGGGCAUCCACGCCGGGGAUCCAAUUCUAGUCGCUACUUUCGCGCCGUCGGUAGGCCAUACGGCGGACGCUGAGAACGCUGCUGCCGUUUGUAUCUAUUCUGUCGCCUACAUUGAGACCAAGUUCAAUGAGAAUAUUCACAUGUGCUUUAAUGGCUCCAUGCAGUACCGCAGCAUGGAGUACAUCUCUGGACUCAUCUUGGACGGAAAAUGUCCUGAAGCCGGGACGACGGGCAACAUUUACAGUUUCUGCGAGGUUGGCCUGAAGAUCUCAGGCACGUCGCCUGCCCUGGGCAGCGCCCUGCUGGAGUUCGAACAGCGCUCGCUCACAGCCAUCCAGUCCACCACCACCGCCGCCCACACCGUUCUCUUCCUCGGCACGUCCGAUGGCUGGCUUAUUAAGGCUCUGGCGACGGGUCCCGGUAGCGGACUGCAGUACAGCGAGGAGGUUGUACACGCGGGUAGUGCCGUGCUGCCUGACAUGCCGCUGCACGAGUCCAAGCAACACCUCUAUGUGCUCACGCGUAAUCGGGUGUCGAAGUAUCGCGUAGAGCGCUGCUCCGCUCACACGGACUGCAACGCGUGUCUCAGCGCCCGGGACCCGUACUGUGGCUGGUGCUCCCUGGAGAAGCGAUGCACGGUGGCGUCAGCGUGUCAGAAGGCAUCGUUCUCAUCUCCGCGCUGGCUGAGCUUCGGCGCAGGCCAGCAGUGCAUCGACUUCGAGCGCAUCAGGCCUGAUCGUCUGCCGCUGGAUCAACUCGCCACAGUGAAACUAACGAUCCGCACCCUACCCGAACUGCCUGCCGGUGCCAAGUAUCAAUGUGUAUGGGGCUCGGCUCCCCCCACCGACGCGCAGGUCGUGGAUCAAGGCCUGCGUUGUCCAGCCCCUGCCAUCCGCUACCGACCCAGCAUCCCGCCCAGGACAGACCACACACUCGUGCCUCUUGCCGUCCGCUCCAGUGAAACAAACAAGGAUUUCGUGUCCAGGAACUUUGCGUUCUACGACUGCAGCCGCCACUCGACGUGCGGUUCGUGCGUGCGCAGCGCGUGGGCCUGCAACUGGUGCGUCUACGAGAACACGUGCACGCAUAACAGCUCCGCAUGUGGCGGCACUGUCGUGUCCGGGGAAAAUGUAAGCAUCCUGCAGCUCCUCAGACAGAAUCCUUCACAGCUGUCGACCCACGGAGCCGGUUACUGUCCCCGUUUUUGGCGGAAGGAAGACGAGCUCCUCGCCCCCGAUGGUGCGCCUACCGAAUUAUCUCUCUCGGUGCGCAACCUCCCCGUGCCCCAUUCAGGCCAGACGGGCUUCCAGUGCCUGGUGAGCAUCGAGGGCGCCACGAUGCUAGUGUCAGCCCGCGUUGUGGAGGAAGGCGCGGGGAUCGUCGUGUGCGAGGCAACCGUGUACCGCUACCAGGCCAUGACCAGCGAAUACGAAGCGCACCUCACGCUUGUGUGGAACCGCGACCACGUCGUCGACUCGCGCUCGCUGACGCUGUACAAAUGCUCGGUGCUGGGCGCGCACCGCGGCCAUGCGGACUGUUCGCUGUGCGUGACGCGGCCCUCGCGCUACCGCUGCUCUUGGUGCGGCGGCGCCUGCAACUACGCGCCGUCUUGUCCCGCCGCCGCCAGGCCGCUUCUCAGCCCCCACCACCAGGAUGACAACCACCGCAACGACGACCAGGCGCUUCUUGUUUCCGACAAGUGCCCCACGCCGCGCAUUGAUAUGAUCUUUCCUCUGGCCGGUCCCGUCGAAGGUGGCACGUUAGUCACAAUCGAGGGAAGUAACUUGGGUCUGCGAGAGGAAGACGUUCACGACAACGUCUUCAUCGGGAACGUUCCUUGCGCCGUUCGUGACUAUCACAUUUCAGUAAAGAUCAUUUGCCGCACCGCCCCAGUCUUCAGGGACUCUGACUCCCAGGAUCUGCAGUUCCCAGUCCGCGUCACUACCCCAGCAGGCACAACGACCUCCACCGUCAAGUUCACAUACACAAACAUAAGCGUGUCGGGAGUGUGGCCGUCCAUGGGUCCCGUGUCGGGUGGCACGACGCUCUCAAUCAGCGGGCGCUUCUUGAAUGUAGGCUCUGAAGUGACAGCUUUUCUGGACGACUUACCAUGCAUCGCCAAUAAGACGCAGUCGUCUUCUCAGCGUUUAGUGUGCGUCACCAGCGCCACUCAACUGCCAGGAUCUAACGGCGCAGGUGGAGGAUAUCCUCUGCAAGUGCGCACUCUUACUGUCAAACUAGACGGCGCUACUCGAGUCCUCACAACGCCCUUCACGUACACUCCUGAUCCUUCCAUUGUUGAUAUCAAACCGCUGAGGAGCACGUGGGAUGGAGGCCGCAUGAUUACUGUUCACGGAUCACACUUGAACUCGAUUCAAUCUCCAAGAAUUACAGUACUUUAUAAUGAAGAAGUUCUCAAUACAUCAGUUUGUUUUGUGCAUUCACCAGCUUUAAUGGAGUGCCCAUCGCCAACGUUAGACCAGGAUAUGGUCUUGGCCCUCAUUGAACAAGGCAACGGCCAAAGACGCCGUCGAAGACGAAGAGCUCGUGAUCGCACCUCAAUGGAUAGAACUCCAAGAGAAUCCAGUUACGCUUUUGAGGAAGUCAUUCUCGACCUUGGUUUCAUUAUGGAUGGUGUAAAAUCCGUGCAGCAUUUACGCAAACAUUUUCCGGAAGUGCGUUCCCAUGUAACUUACGUUUCUAAUCCCGUCUACUUUUCAUUCCAAGGCGGUCUCAAACUCUACAAAGGAGACACUUUAGUAAUCGAGGGUGAAUUUUUGAACGCUGCCGCUGACGAGUCAGAUGUACGCGUCACGAUAGGAACCUCUACAUGCAAUAUGACGUCUCUAGCCAGCACUCAGCUUUUGUGCUCGCCUCCUGAGGACCAACCUACCCCCACUGACGAGAGAGGUGUCACCACGUCGGAGCUUCUACCAAUGGUGGUGGUGCACGUGGGGCGGUAUCAGCGAUACCCACUCGGUGUCCUGCGCUACGAGAAAGAUGUGGGUUUCCUAUUGAGCCCCGAAGGAAUAGCUGGACUGGCCGGCGGUGCUCUCUUCAUCGUCAUCGCAUCCUUCAUCGCCAUGGGUAUCUACCGUCGUAAGUCAUCCCAAGCUGAGCGUGACUACAAACUCAUGCAGCUACAAAUGGAUAGCCUUGAGAGCCAUGUACGAACGGAGUGCAAGCAAGCGUUCGCUGAGCUGCAGACAGACAUGACAGAUUUGACAGCUGACCUGCAAGCCUCGGGCGUCCCUUUGCUCGGCCUCCGCUCGUACAUCAUGAAAGUCUUCUUCCCAGGCGUCUCUGACCACCCGAUCCUCAAUGAACCCAGGAAUUUAUCAGGCGGACGCAGUAACUACGACGUAGCGAUGUUGCAACUCGAACAGCUGAUCGCAAACAAGCAUUUCCUUGUGGUGCUUGUCGAGGCCCUAGAAGCUCAGAAGACCUUCAGCAUCCGAGACAAGGUGAACGUGGGGUCCCUGUUAACUGUGCUGCUCAUGGGACGCAUGGAGUACCUGACAGAGAUUUUACGUCUGCUACUCAGUCGCCUUAUUUACGUGACGGCAGCGAACAAGCAUCCCCAGCACAUGCUACGCAGGACCGAAACUGUCGUUGAGAAAAUACUUACCAACUGGUUUGCGCUCACCAUGUACUCCUACUUGAAGAGCGAAUCUGGCAACGCGUUAUUCCUGCUGUACAAAGCGAUCAAGCACCAGGUGGAGAAGGGGCCCGUGGACGCCGUCACCCACGACGCCCGCUACUGCCUCUCAGAGGAGCGUCUCCUUAGGGAGCAAAUCACCCACUCCCCCGUCACUAUCCACCUCCUUCACGAUGACCCUCAUUAUGAGAAAAUACCCUACCAGACCACCUACAGUACUGUGGCAGCUUACUCAGAGGAGUACGAGGAGAAGGUGCAGGUCAAGGUGCUUGACUGCGACACCAUCAGUCAAGUGAAGGGCAAAAUUUUAGAUGCGGUCUACAGAAAUUCGGCUCAAUCCAUCCGGCCUUUCGUGCACGAUCUCGAUCUCGAGUGGCGUCACGGACAAGCUGGACGAGUGACGCUGAGCGACUUCGACCGUACAAGUGUAGUGCAGAAUGGCUGGUGUCAGAUGAACACUUUGCAACACUACGGCGUCAAAGACACCGCGAUCAUGGCUCUCUUGCCUCGACAGAGCGAUUCUACGUACUCAUCUUCUAAUUGCACCGGCCACUACUCGUACGCUAACAGUGGCUGCCUCCUGGCGUCCCUUCCUUCAGGCGCCGAUGUGCCGCGUAAUGCGUACCACAUCGUGCGUCCCUCUGACGACAACACCACUUCCAUCAUUCGAGGGGACCACGGCACGCAUAAAGCCAUCCCUGAGAUCUUCCUCACUCGCCUCCUCUCCACUAAGGGAACUAUUCAACAAUUCGUAGACGACUUUUUCCGCUCAAUCUUAAGCCCAAAUGACGGUCUACCACCACCUGUCAAAUGGCUCUUCGAUUUGCUCGACAGUGAGGCCCGCGUUCACGAAAUUAAUGAUCCCGAGGUUGUUCACGCAUGGAAAUCCAAUUGCCUUCCUCUCCGUUUUUGGGUCAAUUUCAUCAAGAAUCCUGAUUUUGUUUUCGAUGUUUACAAGUCGCCAACCGUUGAAGCAUCACUGGGAGUCGUUGCACAAACCUUCAUUGACUCAUGCGCCACAACGGAACAUAAAUUAGGCAAAGAUUCUCCUUCCAACAAGCUGCUCUUCGCAAAAGAUAUCCCUCGCUAUAGAUCUAUGGUGAAAAACUUCUACCGUGACAUAGCAAGCUCCCAGCCUGUUAGCGACCAGGAGCUCGGUCAGCUGCUGCAGCAGAUGUCGGUAGCACACAUGGGCCAGUUCAAUAACCUAGCUGCCCUCAAAGAGCUGUACAUCUACAUCAGUAAAUACAGCUUGCCGAUCUUAGAGUCCCUGGAAGCUGAUCCCUGCUGCAGGGAGCUAAAUUUGGCGCACAGGCUGCAGGCGAUUCACUACAUCGUGGAAUCCUUCAGUCACUCUGGUCCCGUUUCGCCUCUACCGCCGUCACAACACAUCACUUCUCCUUCUCAUGUGUACCCUCCUACUUUCAUUAGUUCACCUACACAGCUCACUUCAGCCCACUUGGCUACUUUACCUCACGUCACCCCCACAUCGUCGUCAGGAAUGCACAUCAUGCAGGCCAUGCCACACGUCUCUUCGUCUCCUCACAUUACGUGUGCGUCACAACACUUGGCUACGUCAUGUUCACCCUCCCACCUCUCAUCCAGUUCGUCCACUCAUGGCCACUUGUCGGCUCUGGAAAUGUCGCCUCUACAUCAUUUGAACCCGACGUCUCAAAAUCAAGAGUUUCUUCACCAGCAUCAUGGAUCUACUUCAUCCUCAUCUCAGUCACACCAAACCCUGCCUUCGAACUCUUCGCAACUUUCGGAGCUAUGAAACUUAUUCUCUUAUGAUUACUUUAAGAAAGAUAUAGUAAAGGAAUAUUGCGCUGAGUGGCAGACUUGAUGGAGUGCAUUAGAAAAAGUUUACUACGCGCCGUGUCUUAGCUUAGGACUUAGUGAAGUGUGUUCACCUAGUGAUGUGUAGACAAGCGCCCUGUCAGUCAGUGCACUGUGAUCAAAUAUCAAUUAAGAGCACUUCGCUCCCAACAUUGUGAACUUUUAGUAAAUUUAUUGAGUCAACUUUUUACUUCUUAACCGUGAGUGCUAUGUUAAUAACGAUGGUUUUUCAAUCUUAAAUUCGUGUGAGAGGCAUUGAAAAGUGAUAGUUUGCUAGGCCUCGACAGUACUUACAUUAUAUACUGUAGCAAUUGCAUAGACUUUUCGGUGUUAGGUGUUGAGUAUAAGAAGCUAAGAUCAUGAACUAUGUAAACAUUGCCUUUAAACGAGCAUGACUUAUAAGUCUUCUUUGUGAAUACCAUUGCCUUAACUGUGGCAAAUACUUUGUGAUAAAGUCUAUUCUUUCUCCAUGCGUUGUUGACGCUGGCCCAUCGCUGUAUUUUCUAGAAGUUAUUCUGGUGAUAGUUUUAAUUGCCGUGCUAACUUAUUUAGGUGUCACCUUUUAUCUUUUCUGUUGAAUUUACUCCUGGACCAGCAUAUUCGCCGACAUUUUUUUUUAUUUUCAAGUAACGGAUUUCCUAUCGUUAAAGCUAACGAAUUUCCAAGCCUAUUGAUCACUGUUGAGGGCUCCAUCUUUUGCAGCAUUUUUAAAGAAGAGUCUUCGUGAUUUAAUGAUCAAUGGCUGAUUCUACUUCUAUUUGUUAAUAAUACAAUUUACUAAAACUAUUGCUGACAAACCCAUCUUGCUAAAUUUUAACUUCAUUUUGAGACAAUUUAUCAUAUUUUUGAUAUAUUUUAAAAUCGACAAUUCUCUGCUUAGCAUCUGGUUUAAAUGGCGAUAAUUGCUUUUUAUUUCAACUUAAAUAAGUAACAGUACGUUUUCUGUAUGUGCGCCAAGCAUUGCUGUAUUUGGAUGCCUCUGUGAGGUUAGAAUGAAUUUUUGUUAUUGAAAUUGAACUCUUAAGUUCAUUUCCCGACUGCGCCAAAAUUACACCCUUUUAUUUGGCAAUGAUCUGCCGGAAAAUUAUUUUAAUUGCCUUACGGAAAUAUCUUGUAAAUCAACAUAUUCACUAUCGCUUGUCACAUAAUUUUACUGUUUCUCGUUUAUUUCAGUUGGUUGUUCGUUCCAUCUUCCCUAAAAAUAUAUUUCCAUUCAUCGAUUCAGUUUUGUGUAUGUUAUUUCAAGAAAUUACAGCAGUCGAGAAAGCUUAUUGGUACAUGUAAAUAGCAUCGGUGCUAAAACUACUGCGUAAAUAUUGUUAUGAAUAUUGAAUUUCGCAUUAUCUGGUCAUUAUUAUUAUUAGUUUACGUAAACGUUAAGCGAAGGUGGCGCCGACACCUUGGCUGCCCUGUUUCUGUUUUUUUUCCUAUUUAUGGACAUUGAUUUUUGUAAAUGGCUCUUUCUUACUUUUUAAGGCUCUGAAAGCGUUUCUUCAUUCCUUAAUUUAUAUAUUCACUUGAACUGCUUUCUUCUUGUAUGAAUAAUGGGAAGAACUUCCAAGUAACGAUCAGAAUUUGAAGGUUUUUUGGUCUGCCUCCAUCAUGACCCAUAUUUUUAUUUUCAGACAAUAAUUCAAUUAUAGUUUUUGCGCACUCGUCACUUUUUAUGGAUGAUGGAAAAAUCUACCUAGCUAAAAUGUUUCUUUAUUAUUUUUUUUAAUACUUGGUUUGUUUUUUAAACCCAUUGUCCAAAAGUUUGUCUUGGAUGGACAUUCAACUCUUUUAUUCCCUCGUGUUCUUAUUGAGAUAUAACGAUUCUUUUGAAGUAAUCUUUGCCGCCUCAGUAAUGCAUAUAAAUUAUGCUACACACUUCAUAAAAUAUUGGAAUAAAGCUCUUCUCAUUUCAAAGCAUAAUAUUUUGACCAAGUCUGAGUAAUUUCCCACGCUUUCUGUUUCAGGAGCUUGUUGUUUUGCUCGCCGUGCACAAUGAACGUUAAAAAUCAACACGAUGUCUCCUACAAAUUCCUAUAACAGUUCUUCACGAAUUGACCCAUACUGUAUAUGAUGUACAGCAAGCUAACUGUUUUGUUAUUCUAAAGUAUUUUUGUAUAUGUUCGAAAAGGAAGGGCAUUGUACCAUACAGAGAAGUUUACUACAAAUAAAAUGAGUGCCAAGAAA